AUGGCCCGCACUGGACUUAUUGCCUUCUAUCCGGCUAGUGGCCUUUUCUAUCAUCAUACUGCGCGACUCGGACAUGUGGUGAAUUACUACGACCUCAACGGUUACACAAUGACUGAAGACCUUGCGGUGUCUUUAGCCUUAGCUCAGGCGAUCAAGGCUUUAUCCCUAAAAAGACUUGUCUACCUCCUCUCGCAUUUCAACUCGAAAGAACUCUCCCCGCAUUUUACCCUCUCCCUGUUGAUACGUGUUGCGCACGGCUUGUCGGAUCUCUUCUUCUGGAUCUCGGUUUUCAACUGUGUCAUUUUCGAUGCAUCUGACGCGUCUACUUUGACCACGGGCCACGGGCGCGUCGGUUCAAGUUCACGACAAGUGGAUCUUCGGGAAAGGCGCUUGUCGCCGAAGCUUAUGGGUUUGCUUAUCGUUGUGCUCUAUACAGCUGCACCAUUCCAUGCGUCGAACAUAUCGGAUGCCAUCGCAGACGGGGCUUUCGGGGCACUGUCGUACCCAAAUAUCGAGCAGAUUUUAAAGCGAUCACUACCAUUCUUCCCUCCCCCGACUAUCCACUCCGGGGAGCACAUCUUGUGUAUGGUACCCAAAGGACUUAUUCUGGCCUCUGAGGCCUGA